UUCAAUAUGACAUAGUGACGUCACUAUACUUGUUUAUAUGCUACUACUGAUUUUAAUUAUUUAUCCAGUUAUUAUGUAAUAAUUAAUUACUAGAAGAAAAACCUAUAAGAUUGAGGUUAUAUAAAUAGUUCAGUAGUCCACUAGGUCAACAAACAAAUUAUGUUUCAUUAGCCUCGAAAACUAUGGUGCACCAAACCCGACCGCAGCCCCACGACAAGAACCUCCUAUGGUCUGCCUUUCUGGGGGGCGGAGCCGCAGGGCUAUUCGUAGACGUGGUCCUUUUCCCUUUGGACACCCUAAAAACCCGUUUACAAGCUGAGCAGGGCUUCCACAAAUCAGGAGGCUUUAGGGGGAUUUACAAGGGAUUGGGGCCCCAAGUUGUAGGAAGUGCACCACAAGCUGCCCUAUUCUUCCUUACAUAUGAAUCUAUCAAAAACUAUGCGGAACCUUUGGUUCCAAAAGGCGCAAUGCCUUUAGUUUAUAUGUUUGGGGCUUCUGUGGCUGAAGUUAUGGCUUGCCUUGUAAGGGUACCAAUGGAAGUUGCCAAACAACGCAAACAAACCUCUUUAGUUGAUAAAAGUGCCAUUAAAAUACUGUUGGCUGCUUACAAAUAUGAAGGGUUUUUCAAAGGUGUUUACAGGGGGUUUGGUUCAACGAUAAUGCGAGAAAUACCCUUUUCCAUAAUACAAUUUCCUACCCUGGAGUUUUGCAAGACUUUUUAUAGGACCAAGUUUAAAAAUAACAUUCCUUUGGAUUCUUGGGAGGUUGCUGUGUGUGGUUCAAUUGCAGGUGGUACUUCUGCAGCUAUUACAACACCUUUGGAUGUAGUUAAAACCAGAAUUAUGCUUGCUGAUAGGAAAUUGGUCAAAAGUGGUUCAGUAACGUUUUCGAAAACUUUUAAAAAGGUUUGGCAGAAGGAUGGUAUUAGAGGAUUAUAUGCUGGAGCAGUACCAAGGACUUUAUGGAUUUUCUUAGGGGGUUACAUAUUUUUUGGAAGUUAUGAUUUUACUAAGAAUGCUGUGUAUGAGAUUUUAGAAGAAAAACGACGGUGACCCUUAAUUGAAUUGAGUAAUUAGUCAAAUAAAUUGUUUUGUUAAUUGAA